AAAUGAAACCUGUUCGAGUUCCAUUCUCCGCCAGAGGUAGUUUUAAAAUCCACCAAACCCAAUUUCUUGGAAAUGCUGUUGAAUACCAGUCUGUCAGUAUUAGCAAUUUUCGUUGUAGUUUUGAUUGAACGAAGAGAUGACGCAUUAAUUUUAUCGCUGUUUCAACAUUUCUUUGAUUGGAGAUCCAUCUGCUAAUUGUUUACACACGAGGUUUGGUGAACUUUGUAGCCACAUCAUUUUCUGUCUUAUCUUCACGGUUCAUGCGGAAAAUCCAAAAGUGUGAUAAAAAACAUCACAGUUGGAACUAGUAACGGUUGACUUUUCAGACGACUGGAAGGCGAACCAGCAUCACGGCUCUCCUGAAUCUUAAAGAAUGGAUAUCUUACUAAACUACAUGGACCAAGUGCUUUUCACUCCCUACAUUUAUCCGGAUACAUGGCGGGAAGAUGAACCUCUGAGGCAGCUCAUAAACUUGUUUCUUAUAACCAACAUAGGUGGCGCUCUACUCUACUUAUCUUGUGCAACUGCUAGUUACUUUUUUUUGUUUGAUCAUCAGCUGAAAAAGCAUCCUCUUUUUAUUAAGAAUCAAGUGAAAUUGGAAAUUCAAUACACACUAUGGUCAGUCCCAUGGAUCAGUAUUCCCACUGUGGCGCUGUUUUUCCUGGAAGUGCGAGGCUACAGCAAGCUCUACGAUCAGAUUGAACAAUCGCCCUUAGGAUGGAUGAAAGAGCUAGCUAAUUUCGUCUUCUUCGUGCUGUUUACCGACAUGUUGAUCUAUUGGAUCCAUCGGUUUCUUCAUCACCGGACCAUUUACAAGCAUUUCCAUAAACCGCACCAUACAUGGAAGGUCCCGACGCCGUUUGCCAGUCACGCUUUCCAUCCGGUGGACGGAUUCUUACAGAGCGCACCGUACCACACUUACGUCUUUUUGUUCCCGUUGCACAAAGUGACUUACCUUGGACUCUAUGUCAUCGUCAACAUGUGGUCGACAUCAAUUCACGACGGUUUGUUCCUUGUACCCAAAGCCCUAAAGCCGGUCAUUAACGGGGCGUCCAAUCACACCGUCCAUCAUCUCUAUUUCGAUUUCAACUACGGCCAGUAUUUCACACUAUGGGACCGCAUUGGCGGAUCGUAUCUCGACCCGUCCGUUAAACUACCAGAGGAAAAUAAAGUGUGGAAAAACAAGAUCAAUUAGAAAUAUUUUGGUGAUUGUACAAAUAAGCUUUUUCCUCUGGAAUUUUUCCCGAUGGCCUUGAAGCUAUUAUGUAAUAGCCCAUUCAUGUCGACGACGUGAUGGCGAAUAUUUUGACAAAAUAAAUUCCUGGAAAAUGA